AUUGUCUGAGGCGGCAGUGGAGACCCAGGAAAAAAAUCUCGCGGAUUCCGCCUGCUCUGGCCCUGGUCUCAUCUUGGAACCUCUGAUCUCUUCCGUGACCGCACCACACCCGAGAUGAAUCUACGUUCUGUAUUUACUGUAGAGCAACAAAGGAUUUUACAGCGUUAUUAUGAAAAUGGAAUGACAAAUCAAAGUAAAAAUUGCUUUCAGCUCAUAUUACAGUGUGCACAGGAGACUAAGCUGGACUUCAGUGUAGUCAGGACGUGGGUUGGCAAUAAGCGAAGAAAAAUGAGUAGUAAAAGCUGUGAAUCGGGAGCAGCGGGAACUGUGUCUGGUACCUCAUUGGCAGCUCCAGACAUUACUGUCAGAAAUGUGGUUAAUAUUCCCCGCCCUUCAAGCCAGCAAUCUUCUUGGACUUCUGCCAAUAAUGAUGUCAUUGUAACUGGUAUAUACAGUCCAGCAAGCUCAUCAAGUAAGCAAGGCACUACAAAGCAUACAAAUACACAAAUUACAGAAGCACAUAAAAUUCCUAUUCAGAAGGCAGUCAGUAAAAAUGACACUGAAUUUCAAUUGCACAUUCCUGUUCAAAGACAAGUAGCACACUGUAAAAAUGCUUCUGUGCUCCUAGGGGAAAAGACAAUUAUUUUGUCAAGACAGACAAGUGUACUAAAUGGUGGCAACUCAGUGUACAAUCACACAAAGAAAAGCUAUGGAAGUUCUCCGGUGCAAGCUUCUGAAAUGACAGUACCUCAAAAGCCAUCUGUGUGCCAGCGACCUUGCAAAAUUGAACCAGUUGGGAUUCAAAGGUCAUAUAAACCUGAACAUGCAGGCCUGGCAUCACAUAACUUAUGUGGGCAAAAGCCAACCAUUAGAGACCCUUGCUGUAGAACACAAAACUUAGAAAUUCGUGAAGUGUUUUCAUUGGCAGUCAGUGAUUACCCUCAGAGAAUUCUGGGAGGAAAUACCACACAGAAGCCAGGCUCAGCAGAAGGAACUUGUUUGUCCAUUGCAAUGGAGACUGGAGAUGCAGAGGAUGAAUAUGCCAGAGAAGAAGAGCUGGCAUCAAUGGGAGCACAGAUAAGCUACUCAAGGUUUUAUGAAAGUGGCAAUUCCCUUCGAGCUGAGAACCAAAGUACAACUUUGCCUGGACCAGGAAGAAACCUGCCAAAUUCACAAAUGGUAAAUAUUAGAGAUUUGUCAGACAAUGUACUGUAUCAAAAUAGAGACUACCAUUUGACACCACGGACCUCAUUACAUACAGCAUCUACUACUAUGUACAGUAAUACUAAUCCAUCACGGAGUAAUUUUUCUCCACAUUUUGUAUCAUCAAACCAACUGAGGUUAUCACAAAACCAAAACAAUUACCAGAUUUCAGGAAACCUUUCUGUGCCUUGGAUUACAGGGUGUUCUAGGAAAAGAGCACUACAGGACCGCACUCAAUUCAGUGACCGAGACUUGGCUACUCUUAAGAAGUACUGGGACAAUGGUAUGACCAGCCUGGGCUCUGUAUGUAGAGAGAAGAUUGAAGCUGUUGCAACUGAAUUAAAUGUUGACUGUGAAAUAGUUCGGACUUGGAUUGGGAAUCGAAGAAGAAAAUAUCGUUUAAUGGGAAUUGAAGUCCCACCUCCAAGAGGAGGCCCUGCUGAUUUCUCUGAGCAGUCUGAGUCUGGUUCUUUGUCUGCACUCACACCAGGAGAGGAAGCUGGGCCUGAAGUAGGAGAGGAUAAUGACAGAAAUGAUGAAGUGUCCAUCUGUUUGUCCGAAGCAAGCUCUCAAGAGGAGUCCAAUGAACUUAUCCCAAAUGAGACCAGGGCACAUAAGGAUGAAGAGCAUCAGGCAGUAUCCGCAGAUAAUGUGAAAAUAGAAAUUAUCGAUGAUGAAGAAAGUGACAUGAUAAGCAAUUCUGAGGUUGAACAAGAGAAUACUCUCCUGGAUUACAAGAAUGAAGAAGUCAGAUUCAUUGAAAAUGAGCUAGAGAUUCAAAAGCAAAAAUACUUUAAGCUCCAGACUUUUGUUAGAAACCUGAUUCUCGCUAUGAAAGCUGAUGAUAAAGAACAGCAGCAGGCACUGCUGUCAGAUUUACCUCCGGAAUUAGAAGAGGUGGAUUUCAGUCAUGCCUCACCGGAUCCUGAUGAUACCUCAUUCAGUGUGUCUUCUUUAUCAGAGAAAAAUGCCUCAGACAGUUUGUGAUUGGGGGUGGGGAAUAUGAUAUAGUCUGUUGGUUGCCUAACAGAUGUGCAUUUCAAGAUAACUGUACUAUGUUUCCCAAAUAGUCUUCAACUGGAAAAAAGCAUUGUUAAAACAGAGGUAUGCUGGGAAAGAAUGGCAAGAUAUAAUGGCUGCAACACAAAACAAAAACAAAAAAAGGCAUGUAAAAUACUUGAAAUGGUUUGUUUUUAAAACUUACAUAAAAUUUUAGAAAAUUAUAUUUAAUUUUGACCAAGCAGGUAUAAAAAUCUAUUAUAUCUGAUUUCUGAAAAAAUUUUUUGCUUAUUCUUUAAGAAGAAUCUUAAUUUUAUCCAGACAUAUAAAAAUAAGCUUAUCUCAAUAUUCCUGAGUUGUUAAGACUUGGUUAGUUUUAUUUUUGUAGCCAUUACAGCUUUCUUUCUACUUCAUUUUCUUAUCAUUCAUAUACAUUUUUACUCAGGAAAGUGGGCUAAAAAUUUAAAACAGACCUAAUCAUAUAUUUAACCUGGAUGAAUCCUGGGAUUUAUUUUUUAACUCCUGUGAGCAUUUGACCUAAGUUAAUGAUUGAAAAUUGAAACGAUUAGUAGGAUGUAAUUGUAAGUUAUUGGUAUUCCCCUGACACUGGGGAGAGGG